CGGUGCCCGUUACCUUUAAGACGCCUUACCUUUAAGGCAAAGCCCGACCUCAUUCUAAACGGAAUCACCAUUAGUUGUAAUCAUUUACUGUUAGUUCUCUUAAUUUCUUCAGCGGUGGGCUUGUUUUUGUCGCCAAACCUAAAAUCAUGUACGCGGACACCUGCCCCUUUAAGAGGCGUCACCUUUAACACCCCGCUCGAGCUCGUUCGGCUGAGAGCAGGAAAAAAAAAAAAAAAAAAAAAAAAAGAGAGAAAGAUCUCAACUUCAUCUCAGUGUAUUUCUAAAUAUUCGUUUCGUCUUCGUCUCGAUAGAUUUAAAACAAGGCCCUGGUUUUAGUGGAGGGAUGUUCUCCGGCAUGGGAUGGGAAGGUAAGACCGUGCUGUGUGCUGUAUGUGAUAUUACAUCCCCCUUUGGUGUCUCAUCUAUUCUGUUGUCAUUGUCUUUUUCUUCCAACAACCAAGACAUCCCUUAACUACCCACACAAUUUGUGGUCAGUGCAGUCAAGCUUGGAAACCCACCUUGGAGGACACUGCACAGAAGCUGAGUUCACCGCUUUGCUUUAUGAAUGCCCUUGGCUUUUGGAGGAAAGGCCUUCACUGGGAGAGAAGAGAAUGCACUGCGGACGUCUGCGUGAGAGAGCACUGCUGCUUACAGUUUGAAGGGGCCUUUUUCGCAGAACACUGUCUCGGAUAAAAUCUUUCAGCUAUGGAUGAUUUUUCAACCCGGACAUACGGCACCAGCGGACUGGAUAACAGACCUCUGUUUGGGGAGACCUCUGCCAGGGAUCGAAUCAUCAAUUUAAUAGUUGGUGGACUUACAUCUCUACUAGUUUUAGUAACUGUCAUUAGUUCAUUUGUCAUUCCUUCAGUACCACCAAAACCUCUGAAUAUCUUCUUUGCGGUCUGUAUUAUCAUGAUCUGCGCCUCAGCCAUGGUACUUAUAUUCUGGUACCGACAAGGAGACCUGGAACCUAAAUUUCGAAACCUGAUAUAUUACAUGCUCUGUUCAAUUGUGAUGCUAUGCAUCUGUGCCAACUUGUACUUCCAUGGUGUAGGAAGUAAGUGACAGCAAGUAUGCCUUAUUAAAAAUGUACUGGACAACAAGAAGAUGCUUCCACGGCAGCCUGUUGUACCUUAUUCAAGCACAUGGAAUGUUAUGGAAAAGAUGCAACCAGAUGUAAUUUUCCCAAGUGAUCUCUUAAAUCUCAGUCCAAGUGAUAUUUUUCAAGCUUGAAGCCUAUGGAAAUCACAGGUUUUGUAAAGAGUGACAAGUAUUUUACCUUAUUCCAAGAUUUGUAUUUAGUGGGGUGUUUAAAAAAGAAAAAAAAAAAAAAAAAGCCACAUUGGACAUGGACAGGCUAGUCACCCCAGCUGUCAAGAUGGAGUUGCCCGUGUUUUUCAGCUCUUAUGGCUAUGCAAUGUCAGCCGGCACAUCAGUGUUGCGUGGUGCAACUGUGGCCGUCACCUGCUGAGGGAUAUGCCUGCACACUUGUAUACAAAUGGUAACAGGUUAGUGGAAUGGUGUGUGCUACUAUUAAACUGUUGGUAAAAACUGAAAGAGUAACAGACGUGAGGUAAAGCUGUGUACAUUCCCAAGUUCCACAUUAAUUUUUCAGUGGCAUUUUAAAUUUGUUUACAUUUUUAAACAUAUCACUUGUAUGAUAAAAACUGACUUCUAUAAUCUGUAUUUUUCCUUAAUUAUUGCACUUUUCAUGUAAAUAAAGCUUGGGAGUUGUUGGAGGCACAAAUAAAACUGAGCAGCUGUUUCUCUGUGAGGAAAUACCAAUAAACAAUCAUACCUU